GCUGCUACUCACUGGGUGUGUGUCAGUUUGCCCUCAUGGCGAGUUCAUAACACUGUCAAGGAGCCGCGCGGAGUCGGUGACCCGGUGAUGUAGCGGGUAAACGCGGGGACGCUGGUUUAUUACACGCCGCGGCUGCUGCAGGUUCUGAUCCUCUGGAGCCUGCAGGCUCCACUGGAGAGCUGGGAUGGUGGGAUAUGACCCCAGUUCAGCUCUGACCCCGGAGGAGGCCGCUCUGGCCGGGUCAGCUGCCGGCAUGGUCACCCGGGCCAUUAUUAGCCCACUGGAUGUGGUGAAGAUCAGGUUCCAGCUGCAGAUUGAGCGUGUUUCCUCCAGAAAGCCUCAGGGGAAGUACUCCGGCCUGCUGCAGGCAUCUCGCUGUAUCCUAAAAGAGGAGGGACUUCCGGCUUUCUGGAAAGGCCACAUUCCCGCCCAGCUGCUGUCUGUGUGUUACGGAGCCGUUCAGUUUGCCAGUUUUGAGGCACUGACAGAGUUGGUCCAUAAGAACACUUCCUAUAACAGCCAGAUGGCCGGGGUUCACUUUCUAUGUGGUGGUUUAGCCGCCUGCUCAGCAACCAUCGCCUGCCAGCCACUCGACACACUCCGCACACGCUUCGCUGCCCAGGGAGAACCAAAGGUGUAUCGAACACUCCGGCACGCUGUGGUCACCAUGUACCGGCAGGAGGGGGCGCUCACCUUCUACAGAGGCCUCACCCCCACGCUGGUGGCUGUUUUCCCAUAUGCAGGCCUCCAGUUCUUCUUCUACAACAUCUUCAAAAAGCUGCUGGACAACGACAGCACCAAAUCUAAAGGUGGUCUGCAGAGUCUGCUGAGUGGCAGCGCCGCAGGGGUCAUCAGCAAAACCCUCACCUACCCAUUCGACCUCUUCAAAAAGAGACUGCAGGUCGGCGGAUUCGAACAGGCCAGAAUGCACUUCGGCCAGGUGCGGACGUAUCGGGGCUUUGUGGACUGUGCGAUGAGAAUCUUGAAAGAGGAGGGUCUGCGCGGAUUCUUUAAGGGCCUUUCUCCUAGCUUGCUGAAAGCUGCUGUCUCCACUGGACUUACUUUCUUCUGGUAUGAGUUCUUCACAAGUGCCAUCGCCAACCUGAAGAGCCAUCCAUGAGCAGAGGAGCUGAAACAUGGAGGAUGUGGGAGCUACUGCUGUGUGUGUGUGCGUGUGUUAUGUUUGUGUGUGAGGGAUUUAUAGUUUAUUUAAAAUAUUUUUUUUAUCUUCUUAAUACCUGUUAAGUGUCAGAACUACACAGUGAUGGUUUAACACAAACACAGAUUUUCACAGAUUUUCACAAUUUUCCACCGAAACCCCAAAGUGAUGUUGAUCAGUCACCUCCAAAAAGGUCUAAAAUUAGCUUCAUGUGUUUUGCACUUGAGCUGAAAGGAUGAAGGCUUAAAUCCUAACAGUUAGCAUCACGCUGCAUGCCUAAAUCACCACGUUUAUCUUAAACCAUGACAUGGUUCUUUUAUCUCAACAUGAAUAUCUAUAAACCUACAAUUGUUUUUUUAAAUAGCUAUUUUGAAGCCUGAGGUAAGAUCUGUGUAAUUACUGCUGUGCUCUAACAGUUUUACACUCUAAUGCUUUUCCACUGCAGGUCCAAAUGAUUGUUAAGGCUGGUCCCAUACUGUUCUGUGCUGGUGUGGAACCAUUAACCUGUUAACUGUUUAUUUUUCCAUUUGCAGCAUUGUUUAAUCGGGCCCAGGAAGUGCAGGAAACUAGCAGGCAUACUAGCUAACCAAAUACAAACUGAAGAACUGUGUGUUUUUACGUAAAUACCAGCCUCUCCCACAUUAACCCACAUGGCUACUGCUGUGUUCACAUUCCGGUGACCAGAUUUGUCCAACGAUGCAAAUGCUGCGUUAGCCAUACUAGCAUACUAGCAUUGCUGGUGACUGGGCUCAUCCAACAUCACUUUGGCAGCUGCUCAGUUCUCCCAUUGGACAGUUUCAUGGCCUGAAAUACAGUUAGCUAACUGUGCUAAGAACUGCGCUUGUUCGGCCCUGCAGUGGAAAAGUGGUUUAAGGCUCUGAAACUUCAUUUAGCUUCUCUCAAGAUUAGUUUAAGCAACUGAUGUUAACAUAGCUAAUAAUAAAACUGUCAGUCAUCCUUAUGCGAAUACUAACUAGCAGCUAUUCAUUCACUGUAAGCCAUGUUGGAUUAGAUUUUGGAUUGUCUCUUUAAAAGAAGAAUUUGGUAUUAAAUGUAACCAAAUGACACCCUAUACCAGAACCAAUGUGAUUUAGGCACCCAGUUUACUUUAUGCUAACUGUCAGACAUGUCUUUGCUGAGGAAAAUGGAAAUAUCUGUCAUUUUUUUUAUUGUUUUAAGGGGUUAGUACAUCCAAACAUCACUAACCUGGCUAAUACUAAUUUAAAACUAGGCUUUUAUUCAUAGCUUUUCCUGGUUCACUAUCCGUGAAUAAUGAUUUUAAAAUUUUACUUUGUAAUAUUUUUAGCAGAUUUGUUCAGUCAGUCAGUCAGUGUUUGUAAGGGUGAUGGUUGGUCUGGAACUUUUUAAUCACACACUUCAGCAGUAAUGAUCUGCAGUCUAAAUGAACACUCAGUGAUCCAGUAGCUCACAAAACCUAAAUAACACUCAUGCUUAACUUUCCUCAUUUCUCUGGACUCAGGGACUGUCUCUCUCUCUCUCUGUUGUGAUGUGGGUCUUUUCAGAACAGGAAUUAAAUACAUUAGGCUAGCAUAACGUAUCACAGGAACAAAAAUGGAUAUGAAAUAGUUUUGAGGUGAAAAAUCAUCUCAGUCACUUGUUGUUUACUGUUGUUCCUCAGAGGGGCUUUUAAAUGUUUUUGAACCCGUUUCUACAGGUCACAUGUUAGCACUGAACAAUAUCAUGGUAUAAUACAUAGAUUGUUAUUGCUACGGUUACAUUUCUUCAUAGUUGUAUAUUCAUGUACCGCUUUAGCUGAUGUUGAGUUUAUUAAAUAUCAACUUCAUACACAAUGUCAUGAUUGUUUUCAGUGACGUUUUGCCCUGGAAUAUGAAAUGCGAAUAUCGAUUAUACACAAGGCAGGCAGGCUAACAUUGCUGCACACUAGAAAUACAUUACAUGGAUGUUAAAACUAUGUCAAUACCAAUAUACAGGUUGUCAAAAAUUUGGACACAAAUUCUCAUUUAUUUUUUGAAAUGUAUUUAUUUUAGUAUUUUCUACAUUGUAGAUUAAUAUUGAAGACAUCAAAACUAUGAAGGAAUACAUGUGCAAUUAUGAAGUUAACUAAAAAAAAGCCAAAAUAUUUUUACACGUUCUUGUUAACUAAUUUUCUUCACUCUGCCUGUGCUCCAACUCGUCCCAAAACACCUGGGUUGUGUUUUUAUGUCAGGUGUGUGUGAAGCCCAAGCACUUUAUUUGUCUGUUAUCUAAUCAUGUAUUUGUUCCUUCAUAGUUUUUAAGUCUAUAAUAUUAAUCUACAAAUUUAGAACAAAUUUUAAUGAAAAUGUGUGUCCAUACUGUACAAAGAUCAGCCAUAACAUUAAAACCACUGACGGGUGAAGUAAAUAACAUUAAUGGUUCCAAAGACAUAUGUUUAGUGUGCAGCAGUGCAAAAUUUGUCUAUCCAGUGAUGUUUAGAAUAAGGUAUGUAAAGUACUGAGCAGUGGGUUUAGGUUUACUGUGAAAAUUAAAAUGGAAAAACUCUAUCUGGCAAAAAAGUGUUUUUUCUGGUUUGAAUUUAAUAUAAUAAUUAAGUGUUUUACUGAAAAAUAUUCAUUACAUUCUAAAUUUCACAGAUUCCUGAAUUAUUUGUAUAGUACUGUAGGAUUUAUCUGUUUGUUUUUCCGUCAUGGUUUUAGAAUGUGCUUGCAGUGACAUAGGAAAAUGAAAUAAAUUUACUUUCUAGAAAUGUUAUCAUUUUCUAGUUUUAAAACCUGUACUCUAUAGUCAAUUAUUAAUUAUACACACAGUUAUGGUUUCUCUUUAUCCUGUUAAAACAUCACCUUGUAACUAGAACUUGUUGUGUAUUUAAAGGUCAAUUUCACCAAUUUUUCAGAAUUCACUACAUAAUUAAAUGGUCAAAAUGUAAAAACUCAUUUCAUUAUCUGAUUCUGACUUCUUACAUUGCAACCACUGGAUUGUGCAGUGUAAUGAAAAAGUAAUGAAAUUCCCUUUUAACAUGAAACAUAUUUCUGGCUUGAUGUUUUCAUUUACUUUUGCUCAUCUGUUUAUCAGUAUGCACAAGUGCCUACAGAUGAAUUUCUUUUUGUAUUUAUUUAGAUCAUAUAGCAUUGCAUUCUAUAAAGCUUGUCAUACAGCUUGUUCAUGAUUAUCAGUUGUUCAUUAAAGUGUAUGGUUCACAUAUUGGGUUAUGGAGCCCUUUAAACACCUUUUAAUUUUUUUAAACGUUACAUUAGAAAUUGAAUAAUGUGCCUGGCCAAAAAAAGCUUCAAUUGGAUUUAACUAGGUAAAUUAUGUGGAGUUGCUGCAGUUGGUCAGGUCUAGGUUCAGCAACAGUAUGUGCUGAUGUGCUGAAAGAAUGAGGUCAGCUGACUACCUGAAUAUACUGAAUAUAGACCAGGUUAUUCCAUCAAUGGAUUUUUUCCUUCAUGAUGACACGGGCAUAUUCCAAGAGGAAUUGUGAGUGAUUCAGGGAGCAUGAGAUCAUCAUUUUCACACAUGGAUUGAGAGAGUUCACCACAGAGUUCAGACCUUAACCCCAUUAAGAAUUUUUGGGAUGUGCUGGAGAAGACUUUGUGCAGCGGCCAGACUUUUAUCAUCAUCAGUGCUGCAUUGCAGAAGCUUUUUGAAACAAUGCCACAGUGAAUGCGUUCUGCAAUCAAAGCUAAAGGUGGUCCAACUAAAUAUUCGAGUGUGAUCUUUUUUUUUUGGUGGCAACUUGUUUUUUUUUUUUUUUUUUUUUUUUUUGGCCAGGCAGUGAAUACUUGGUUAUUUUUUUUUAAUGUCUGACAAUCAAUUUUGAGUAUUUGAGUAUUUUUUUGCAGUGUUUUUGCUGUAGUCCUGAAUUUAACAAGUGCCCUGAAGUGGCUCUCUUCAAUCACUUGGUGUAUUUAUGUAUGUUGCUAUACUGUCUGUGUGUAUUUGGAGUGGGAAAGUGUUUUCUGAAAUAUUUUUUUUAAUAAAACCCAAUAACAACA